AUGAAUCCAGAUCGUCAGCAACAAUACAAAAAUUUAGCUAAGGACAGUGAUUCUUUACGUAAAAAUCGUCUUGAAACUUCAAUUUCUUUGAGAAAAGAAAAAAGAGAAGAAGCCUUGUCUAAAAGACGUAAUAUUCAUGAAACAACUGACCCUACUACAAGUUCUUUUGCCGAGGAUCUUCCAUCAAACGUCCCAUUUGAUGGUGAAAAGUUGUUUGAAAUUGUUAAUGAAGCUAAGUCAGAUGAUCCCGCUAGAAGAUUAACUGCUGUAACUCAAGCUAGAAAAUUACUUAGCAGUGACAAAAAUCCUCCAAUUGAUGAUUUAAUUAGUAGUGGAAUUCUUCCAGCACUUGUUGAAUGUUUGAAGACUAACAUAAAAGAAUUACAAUUUGAGGCAGCUUGGGCUCUUACAAAUAUUGCAUCUGGAACUAGUGAACAAACCAGAGCCGUUGUUCAAGCUGGUGCAGUACCAAAGUUUUUGGAUUUACUUAACUCUGAACAUCUAAAUGUCUGUGAACAAGCUGUGUGGGCACUUGGAAACAUUAUUGGAGAUGGACCACAUUUUAGGGAUUAUUGUAUUAAGUUAGGAAUAAUACCACAACUAUUGAAAUUUGUAACACCAGAUAUAUCAAUAAACUUUCUGAGAAAUGUAACGUGGGUUAUGGUCAAUCUUUGCAGGUCUAAAGAUCCAGCUCCAACAAUUGAGGUCGUUACUGCAUUGUUACCUGCUCUUUCUAUUUUAAUAUAUCAUGAUGACACAGCAAUUUUAGUCGAUACAGUAUGGGCUUUAUCUUAUCUUACAGAUAGUGGAAAUGAUCAAAUUCAAGCUGUUAUUCAAUCUGGUGUUGUUAAGAGACUUGUGGAACUUUUAGGACAUGAAGAAAAUAAGGUACAAACUGCUGCUUUGAGAGCUGUUGGAAAUAUUGUUACUGGUACUGAUGAACAAACUCAACACGUUAUUGAUGCUGGAGCAUUGAGUAUGAUGCCAACACUUCUAAUGCACAGUAAAGCUAAGAUCAAUAAAGAAGCUGUAUGGUUUGUUUCUAAUAUAACUGCUGGUUUAGAUACUCAGGUUCAAGCCGUUAUUGAUGCAGAUUUGGUCCCAUUGAUUAUUAACUUACUUGACAAAGGUGACCACAUGACACAAAAAGAAGCAGCAUGGGCUAUUUCAAAUGUUACUAUUUCUGGAAAUGUUAAUCAAGUGAGAUAUUUAGUCGAUCGUGGUGUAAUUCCACCAUUCUGUAAUCUUCUUGGAAUUCGUGAUACACAAAUUGUUCAAGUAGUUCUUGAUGGACUUAUCAAUAUUUUAAAAAAGAGCCAUCCAUAUGUUGAACAGGUAACAACGAUAAUUGAAGAAUGUGGAGGACUUGAUAAGAUUGAACACCUUCAAAAUCAUGAAAACGAAGAUGUCUACAAAUUAGCAUUUGAUAUUAUUGACAACUUCUUUUCAGGAGAUGAAGAUAAUGAUAAUUGUAAUAUUGAUUCAGGGGAAGGCACUAGUCAUCAAUACCAACCAAAAAGCUUCAAUUUCUAG